CAGUGGUCCUUACUCCUCAACUGACCAUUUUCCGAUUUUGUUGUGUUCCUCAGAUACCCAUAAUUAACUGCUUUUUUUACUUGCUUACAACAUCGGGAACUUCAUAUAUCUGAGAUUACCUGGCUAACCUAUUCAACUCCAUGUGUCAAUGAAGCAGACGUGUUUGCUUCAUCGAAUUUUAACUGCUAAAUCAGUUUUUCUUGCAUUUUCUUGGUAACCCCAAAACUGAAAGUGGGUUCAUUUUUAUUAUUUAAACUUUUUUCUUUCUUCAAUAACACAAGCUUUGCUAUUGGGAUCUUACUUUGCUUUUGAGUAUAUCCACCGUGUUAGUGUCCCAUGACUCAACAUAAACAAAAGUCUUUCAUAGCUUUCUAUUUUCGGGUGUUCGAUUUCUGCAGUUAAUUAAGAGCUAGCUUUUAUAAACUCAAAGAGGCAUUUCAAUUUCACUCAAGCAGGUUGUUUUGUCUUUAAACAUGGCUGAAGAAGGAAGAGCUCAAGGACUUAGUAAAGCAUGUGUUCUUCUUAUAGUGAUUGCUGGCAUGGAGAGGUUUGCUUUUAAAGGGGUGGCAUCAAAUUUGGUGACAUAUCUCACAGAUGUAGUGAAGAUGAGCAAUUCUUCAGCCGCCAAAACAGUGAACAGUUGGUGUGGGUUUACUUCAAUUGUGCCAUUGUUGGUAGCACCCUUGGCUGACUCAUUUUGGGAUAGGUAUUCAACCAUUUUGACCUCCUCUUUCCUCUAUGUUUUGGGCCUUGGAGCAGUGGCAUCAACAGCUUUGCUAUGGACUUAUACACCUCCAAGCACCACAAGUUCCUCAGCCUUCCUCUUUUGGUCCCUUUGUUUGAUUUCACUAGGCCUAGGUGCAUAUAACCCAUCACUGCAAGCCUUUGGAGCCGACCAAUUGGACCAUGAUGAUGAACUUCCAUGCACAAUUGAUGACAAAAAAACCUCCAAAAAAAAGGGGUUAUUUUUCCAAUGGUGGUAUUUUGGUGUUUGUAGUGGCAGCCUCUUGGGUGUAAUCCUUAUGUCCUACAUCCAAGAUACCUUAGGUUGGGUACUCGGUUUUGCCAUCCCCAUGUUUGCCAUGGUUAUAUCAGUCGUGUUUUUCACAUGCGGUAAUCGGAUCUACGCUCAUAAACCGGACCGAACCAUGUACAAUAAGCACUUUCCCAACAUACUUCGAGCCAUCAAAAUGAAGGCAUCGAGGUUAAUCAAUGGUGGAAUCGCCUUGCCAAACGACAAGUCCAAUAUGGCCGAGCUAGAGCUUGAAGAGAGACCUCUUUGUGAUCAAAAGGUUUGCAGCAAUGAGGUCUCGGAUUUAAAUCUUGAGUCUGAAUCCAAUACUCAUCUAAUUGAAAACGCGAAAAUAGUGCUCCGACUUUUGCCUAUAUGGACGAUGCUUCUAGUGUUUGCAGUAAUUUUCCAACAGCCUGCUACGUUUUUUACGAAACAAGGGAUGACAAUGAAACGAAACAUUGGGAAGAACUUCAAGAUCCCGCCCGCUACGCUACAAAGCGCUAUUACAUUGUCUAUAAUCCUCUUGAUGCCUUUAUACGACAAAGUUUUCAUCCCGAUCACAAAGAUGGUUACUCGUAACGAGAAAGGUAUUAGUGUAAUGCAAAGGAUGGGAGUCGGGAUGUUCCUUUCUGUCAUCGCUAUGAUCAUCGCUGCAGUCGUUGAAACGAAGAGGCUCGAGAUCAGCAGGGAAACUGGCGUCCAGGAAUCUGAAACGGUGCCAUUAAGCAUCUUUUGGUUACUUCCUCAGUAUGUUCUUUUAGGCAUUUCAGACAUUUUCACUGUAGUUGGCAUGCAAGAGUUCUUCUAUAACGAAGUACCAGUCCGUAUGCGGACGAUGGGAUUCGCUCUAUAUACCAGCGUUUUUGGCGUCGGAAGUUUCCUUAGUGCCUUGAUGAUAUCGGUCAUCGAAGCAUUUACGAGUUCGGGCGGAAGACAUAGCUGGUUCUCGGAUGACAUGAGGGAGGAUAGGCUUGACAAACUUUACUGGCUUUUAGCCAUUGCCAGUGCUUUGAGCUUACUGUUUUAUGCAAUCUGUUGUAAAUGCUAUAAAUGUAGGAUUGAACUUGAAAAUGGGAACUGUAAAUAAGCUCUUGAAAUUUCCACUUUCAUCUUUUUUAAAUGCAAUAGUUUCAAUUAGAUGUAAAUAUUUCAUCAAAUUAAUUUAGCACGAAGGAUUGAAACCGUA